GUGCAUUCGAUUAAGAUGCAUCACUUUCCUGCCCUCGCCGGAUCGCCGAUCGUCUCGCGGACCCAUAUUCGGACCUACCGAACUCGACGAUCGGCUCAGCAGCCCGGCCGCCGUCGUUCUGCCGGACUUAGUCAGGGCCCCCGAACAAGCAUCCAGCCGUCAAGGAUCGUCAGGACUUUCGGGACGUCCGGGACGAAUCGUCCGUCGAUCGCGCGCAGUCAGGACACUCGGGCGGGCCCAAAUAUCGUCGGAUUUGAGCUUACAGAGUUGUCUCGCAUCGUCCUCCUGCAAGCAAUCGUUCCAGAAUCCAGUCCCAGCCAGGCAUCGUGUCAGUGUGUGGAAAUACAUAAUUAUAUAGAAUUACGGUAUAAGUUGUGUUAAAUCAAUGUUAAUCGCUGUAGCGAAGUGGGGUAUUAUAAUAAAUACAUUAUUUUAUGUAUA